AUGCUUUUGUUUACUAUAGUUUGAAUCGGAGGAAUAUUAUUGAAUUUUAUACCGUUUUUUACUGCUGCAUUGUGCAGCUGAAUCGAGUGAAGAAAUAAGCAUAAUUACAAUGAAGCGAUAGUUUGUUUCCAGCACGUAAGUUGUGUGUGCAAAAUGGAGGAAUUUAGCUUAAUAAAGGUGGAGAACUUCACUGCAACAGGGAGGGUAGAAGAGCUUAUGAUAUCUGACGUUCUGCCGGUGGAAGAAGCAACUACGUUCGCUAGCAGCACCGCACCGACUGCGGCGAACGCCCUGAGGGAAGAUUUAACUGAUCUGAAACAAGAACCUGUCAGGGACAACACCAAUGAAGUUGAGACUACAACAGCUUGUGCUAGAAUUACAGCUUCUAGCUCCAGCAACUCUGUUGAUUCGGAAAUACGCAACACCGAUGUUAAUGAUCGUUCGCACAAAAUGAACGCUUGUGAAUUCUGCAAUAAAACAUUUAGUGUAAACUACACCUUGCAGAAUCAUAGAAGAAUUCACACCGGGGAACGACCUUUUGCGUGUGGUAUCUGUAACAGAACAUUUCGCACAAGCGCACGUUUGAACUAUCAUAAGAAAGCUCAUACAGGCCAACACUUCGAGUGUGAUAUAUGCAGCCGACCUUUUUUAAAUAAAACAAACUUAGCAACCCACAUGAUUGUUCAUCGUACAGAUUGUCCCUAUAAGUGUCCGAUUUGCGAAAAAAACAACCCAAAUAGUUAUAAUCUCAAAAAACAUUUACUCACUCACAGCGAUGCGCGACCCUUCAAAUGCGACAUCUGUGACACAUCAUUCAAGGCAUAUGCACAACUAAAAGUUCAUAUGAAGACCCACAAGGUUGAGCCCUUCCCAGACAACACAGAAGGUUUGGAGUUAAAUCGAAUUGAUGAAUCAGUAAAAUACACCUGCGACAUAUGCGGCAAACACUACAAACAAUUGGGACGACUUCACUUACAUCGGAAGCUUCAUCAGAGCACCACUGUGAGAUCUAAACCCACUAAAACCCACGACGCAGAGAAGCACGAAUGUACGAUUUGUGGAAUAGGAAAUCGGAAUCGUACAGCACUCAUGAGGCACAUGGUUUCUCAUACUGAGGAACGGCCUUUUAGUUGCGACAUUUGCGGUUCAUUAUUUAAGACAGCUGAUACUGUGAGAGUGCACAAGAAGACGCACUCUUCCGAUAGGCCGCAUCAAUGCAAAAUUUGCGGAAAACGGUUUUUAGUUCGUAACAGACUUACGCGGCACUUGUUUUACCAUAUUGACGAACGACCUUUUCAAUGCAAUAUUUGCGGUCUAUCAGUGAGGUCAGCAGCUAAUCUAAAAAUUCACAAACAAACGCAUAACCGUGAAAGCUGCACAUCCGAUCCAAAUCUUAUGAAGCGUGUGGCUGGUGACCCGGAAAAACCACCUCUCUAUUGCGAUAUUUGCGGUUUAUCCUAUAAAACAGCUUAUUAUUUAAGAAAACAUAUGGAAAAGCACACCUCGGAGAGCCAGCCUGAAUGCGAAAUUUGCGGGAAGCGAUUUAAAAUGCCUUGUAUACUGAGGCGGCACAUGGUUAUCCACACUAACGAACGGCCUUAUAAAUGCAAUAUUUGCAGCUUAUUAUGCAAGUCAAACCCAAUUCUGCAAAAACAUAUAAAAACACACUCGAAAGAAGGACGUUACAAAUGCGAUAUUUGUGUUAUUACAUGCAGAACAAGUGCUUUGUUAGAGGCGCACGGUAAAACUCAAAUGCACCUUAGGAAGAUACAAAAUAAUCAUUUCACAGCUUCUAGCACCAGUUAAUUCUGCCCUUGUUUAAUAUUCGAAGGAUUAUUCAAAUCGUACACACAACUUUCAGUCAUAAUAUUCAGAUCAUUAUAGUUUGAAGCAUUCUCAGACUGGAGAGUUUGUGAUUUUAGGAGUUGCACUGAGUUAAACUGAAAAAAAGUUUCAGCAAUAGAGUAUAUUACAGUUUGUUUUUAUUUGUUCUUCAACAGAUGUCUCACGACAUGUCCAAUCAUCAACAGCGUUGCAAAGCACACUCGCUCCAGCUGCUUGGCGGGCCCUCCUGAGUGCGUAUUAUCAGCUAUACACACAGUGGAGUUUACUCCAAGCAACCCAUGCACACGCUGGAAUUCAUUUUCUUGUGCUCCGCGCACGCGUGGAGCAUCAUAGAAGCCACUCCGACUGCCUCCGCACUUCGACGUGAGCUGCAGGCAUAUGCAUCGCUCCGGAGCGCUCCGGUAGCGUCACACAGCUUGUGUUUGCUGUGAUCAAUUUUCUUUCUCGUGAAGGACAUUGCAAUCGAAUCUGGUGGGAUAGAACUUAACAGUAAUGUUCUUAAUCAUCGAAGGUAUUUAUGACAAUGAAGUCAAGGAUUAAAUAUUAUUCUAUUCACAGAACUAUAUAUGUAUCUUCGCGUUAUAAGAAGCAGUAGAGGCUGGGUUUUUGUUUCUACUCUCAAUAGUCUUUUAUGUAGUCUUAGCAUACUUCCCGCGGUAAAAAAUAGGUAUCUACUUCGAUAAACGACAUUCAAACUUUAACCAACUACAAACCUUAUUGGCACAAGCUGUAUAGCUUGUUUAACAGUUUUUAUUAACAAAUUUAAAGUACAAAUGGUAAACUCUGAUCAAAAUGUAAAUGUCAGGUGGGAAAUGAGUUGAUGCAAGUAUGUAAUAGCAGUUAAGGCACUAUUUUUUUCGAAAGGUGAGUCUCUUCACUUGUUAGGAAGGUUAAAGAAGCAAUUUGGGUUCAAUACUAUCUGUUUUCCCCUGCAAACUAAAAAUACAAAUACAUGUCUGUAAGUGGCAAGAUUCAGCCAAUUAAAAAAAAAAAACAAUUCAAAAAAAAAUAUUCAAAUUGAGUCAUCUUAAUGGAGUUUCUCAUAUACAUUCAAACUUCGUUUUCCAUUGACCAUCAAGCACAUUUGGUAUAAUCGGGGCCUCAAUGGUGCUUAUUACGGUGACACGGUGACAUCAGAGUGAAGUGAACAAAAUCCUAUUACGGGACUCACGUAAGUGAGAAAAACGUCGCGAAGUGACAUCUGCCGUGGAAUCUGGGUUAUUAUGAAAGUCAUAUCAGUGAAGUGAGAACGGAAAAAGCGACGAUUUGCGUGGAAUUAUUUCACGACCAUUUUGAACGGUGAAAUGAUUCCACGAAGAUGCCAUAAGUCUUAAAGUUGAUUGAUUUGUGAUCUUAUGGUAAAUAUUGGAUUUAUUCUCCAGUAACGAAACGAAUCAGAAUUUGAUCCGUGCCUUAAAGCGGUAAAAUUUUCAUUUUUUUGUCCGAUGAAGGAAAUUUUCGAUACUGAAAAAAACAUUUUUUUUUGAUGCCGAAUGUUUUAGAAAUGCAGAACACGUCAAAAUCUGGUGUUAACUAAAUAAACGAAAAAAACGACUUUCUGAGACUUAGAGAUUUUGGAGCUGGGAAACAAUCUCAUUUCACUUGUCCUAUUCUCAAUUUCACUUCACUGUCAAUCUCACUCCACGGAGGAGAUUUUUGUCACCUCACUCGAGGUGGAAUCGGGAAUAGGUCUAAAAAAGUGAAGUUAGCGUGAGAGUGAAAUAUAUUUCACCGUGAAGUGACUCCCGUAAUAAGCACCAAUAUAAAUAUUAUAUGACUUAAUAUCAUGCAUUUCCACGUUAAACAGGUAAAAGGCGAUAUCGCAAAGUAAAUAUGUACGAAUAUAUUGAAUAUUUCCAAAACCUGUGUUCUUGUUGAAAUGCCGAUGAAAUGAACCAAAAUAAUUUCUACCACUGUGCAAAAACGUGGAGAAUAUUUUCUAAAAUUUGCUAUUAAUAUAAACAAUCACAACUCUGUUUGAAAAAUUCACAGUAAAAAAAAUACAUUCGUUAAAAUACUCAUAAAUGGAGCUUUAAAAACCAUGUAAUAUUACGUGUGGCAUUAUAUUCACAUGCAAUGUAAAUAAAUCUUUUGUACAUAGCAUGCAUGCAUUUAUAUUCAAAGUUUUAAUUUUAUUUCACUUAACGUACAAAUUUACAUGGUUUCAAACGAUUACGUAUUGUACAUUAUUGACGGUGUGAAAUUGCACAUGUUUUUCACUCUAUGUGCUGCCGAGGUGAUGCGAUUAUCUAUCUGGUAGGGAAUCGCACUACAUCGAUAGCGGUCGCUUUUUGGCAGGUUUUGCAUUACAAAUGCUGUAAUCAACCUGACGGAAAAACCGCUAACAUAACUGUAGUUGAAAAAAAAAACUGGGGACACCAGUUUUGCGCUUUUCCCAAUCUUCCGAGUUGCUGAAACAGACAGAAGAGCGUUUGAUAAAAUGCGGGAGAGUUGAAGGUCUUUGUUCGGUUCUUGAUGAUUGGACAUGUCGUGAGACAUCUGAUAAAGAACAAAAAAAAAAAAACUGUAAUAUACUCUAUAUUUAUGAUUGCUGAAACUUUUUUUCAGUUUAACUCAGUGCAACUCCUAAAAUCACAAACUCUCCAGUCUGAGAAUGCUUCAAACUAUAAUGAUUCGAAUUUUAUGACUGAAAGUUGUGUGUAC